UCUCUCUCAACCAGGUCCAAAAAAACAAAAACAUGAAUAGAUAACACAAAUCCAAACAAAUACAUCCUCACUUGCAAACAGGCUACAGCCUGACACACUUCACAAAGCAACAACUCAAAGCUGCAAAUCCCUAGCCCUGUUGUCGUUUCAUUUCAAAACCCAAGAAAGGAAAAAAAAAAAGACAAACCGAGCACAAACACGCACACAAAAGCUAAAACGAUUUAAUUUUUUUAUUAUUUGAUUUGAUUUAACUCUCCCAUUUUCAACAUCUGGAAGCUCAGUACGCCGGCAUUUUAACAAAGUGUUGUUAAUCUCUCUAUUUUUGUUUAUUUUUUUAUGUAUUUAUUUGGCUUUGUGUUUUGUGGUGAUUGUUUUUUUGUUUGUUUUGAUUGAUAAUGUGAGGGUUCGUGUGGACUGGUUUUUGGUUUAGGACGAGGAAUGGAGUCGACGGAGUCGUCCUACGUGUCCUCGCCGGAGGAGGUGGCGAUGAAGCGAACUCCGCCGCCGCCUACAGACCCUGCAGAGAAGCCGACAUAUAUUAGGUUUCUUGUGUCAAAUGCCUUAGCUGGUGCUGUAAUAGGAAAAGGUGGCUCCACAAUUACUGAUUUCCAGUCGCAAUCUGGGGCUAAAAUCCAGUUGUCACGCAGUCAUGAAUUUUUUCCUGGAACAACUGAUAGGAUCAUUAUGAUUUCUGGGACAAUUGAUGAAACUCUUAAGGCUAUGGAACUCAUUCUUGAUAAAUUGCUGAGUGAGAUUCAUGCUGAAGGUGAUUAUGAGGCUGGAACAAGAACAAAAGUGAGACUAAUUGUUCCAAAUAGCUCUUGUGGUAGCAUAAUUGGCAAGGGAGGAGCCAUUAUAAAGUCAUUUAUUGAGGAGUCCCAAGCUGGCAUUAAAAUAUCUCCUUUGGAUCAUAAUUACUAUGGCCUGAAUGAUAGAUUAGUUACGUUAAGCGGUAAUCUUGAUGAGCAGUUGCGGGCAAUUGAUUUGAUUCUGUCCAAGCUAAUGGAAGACACUCAUUAUAAACAGACUAUGAGUGUUCCCUUUUCAUAUGCAGGUGUUUUCUUCUCUGCUUUUCAUGGUAUGCCAUAUGGCCAUGUGCCUCCUGUUGCACAAAUGGCACCCAGUGCAGUAAGCUAUGGACCGACUGUGGCUGGAAGAAAGUUUCAAAAUAACAAGGAGGAUCAAAGUAACUCAGUGACAAUUGGUGUAGCAGAUGAGCACAUUGGUUUGGUUGUUGGUCGUGGUGGAAGGAAUAUAAUUGAAAUUAGUCAGAUAAGUGGGGCCAGGAUAAAAGUAUCAGAUAGAGGUGAUUUCAUGUCUGGAACAACUGAUAGGAAAGUCACUAUCUCAGGGUCACAGAGAUCAAUCCGUGCAGCUGAGUCCAUGAUAAUGCAGAAGGUAGCAUAUGCUUCUGAGAGAUUGAUGGAUUAAUUUUCAUGUGUUGCAGCCUAUUCUUGUUGAGAGCCUUUUGACAGACCUUCUUUUGCCUUAUAUGCUAAUGAACUAAAAACAUGUCAAUAUGUUUUCUCACAGAAUUAGUUGGCGAGAAAUCUGAAAAACAGUAAUCAGAGUAAAAAGAAACGAUGGGAAAUUUUUUUGGUAAUUGAGGCAGAGCUUCAUAUAGGGAUUCUUGCAAAUACACAGUUAUAUAUCUCACUAUAACAGAGUUUAUUUGAGUAGGCUAAUAUCACUCUAUAUUAGAGAUAGCUUCAUUUGUUUCUUAUUCUGUUGUAAGUUCUAAACUUAGCUAGUGUCGACUCUAUGUUUUUGUAGGAUUCUAUGCUUUAGAUUAAGCCAAGGUUUUUGUUGUUAAA